CAGCAAGCCGGGCCGAGCUCACUCAGGGCAAGGCCCCCUCCUCGACCCAGCUUUCGGACUGCCCUGCCCCACAGCCCCGGGGGUCUGCGCUGGCCCCAGCUGGAGCUGGCAGAGGUCCUGGAGGAAGAUGCGAGCCCAGCUCUUUGCCGCCAGCUCCUCCGGCGUGGCCCGCAUGGAGAAGUUUGACGUGCGAGAUGAUGGCACGGUGCUGGAGAAGACCUCUCUGCGGCGGUGCGCCCGCCGGGUGAUCCGCCUCUCGGACUGCAUCUCCGUGGGCCCAGCAGGCACGGAGAGCUGCCCCAAAGCCACCGCUGCCUUCUACCUCAACACCACAGAGAAGAGCUACGUGCUGGCAGCCGAACAACGAGAUGAGUGGAUCGCCCAGCUCUGCCAGCUGGCCUUCCAGGGCGUGAAGGAGAUGGCGCAGAGCAGUUCCAGGACCCAGCCCAGCCUCGCUAUCCCCAUGGAGGAGAACUCCCUCUACUCCUCCUGGCAGGACUUGACUGAAUUCCCAGUGCUGGUGGUCCAGACGGAUGCGGCCACCCGCUGUGGCCUUCACGGGCACUACCUGCUCUCGGCCCUUCCCCAGAGCCUGACGCUGAAGGAUGCGCAGUCCCGCCAGCCCCUGCUCACCUGGCCCUACACCUUCCUCCGCAAGUUUGGCCAGGAUCAGACCACCUUCUCCUUUGAGGCCGGCCGCCGCAGUGACUCGGGUGAGGGCACCUUCACCUUCAGCACCCCGCGGGCCCCGGAGCUGUGCCGAGCUGUGGCCGCUGCCAUCACCUGCCAGCAGCAGGGCAACGAUGCCCCAGACCCCCGGCCCUUCUGUGCCCCGGACCCCCAGCUCUCUGCCCAAGGCCUUGAACCCCAGCCCUGGGGCCCAGGAGCCGAGGAUCCCCAGCCAAACCCACUCCUUGGGGGAGCACAGCCUGCCUCCCACCCUCCUGCCAGCAUCCUCCACUUCACCCCACUGGAGCCAGAGGGCACAGGCCCCAUCGUUUAUGCCUCCAUCGCCCGGGGCCAGCAGCCCCUCUUUGCAUCGGGGCAGCCAGGCUCCAGGGAGCCCUGGGCCCCAGGCAAGCCGCUCCCUGAGCAUCUCUACGAGAACAUCUUCACCGCCGAGCCGGGUCCUGCUGGGACAGAAGAGGAGGAGGAGGAAGAGCGGUGGCAGCUGGAGUGCCGGCAGGCCCCUGAGGGCCACAGUAAUGAAUCAGGCCCCAUCUAUGAUAACCAGGCUGCCCUAGCCCAGCUCCCCCGGGGCAGCCCCCAGCCCCCCGAGCAGCACUGGGGCCGGGGCGGGGAGGAGGUGGCGCUGCCGGGGCGCUCUGGGCACAAGCCUCAGAGCAACCUCCGGGCCAAGCUGGUGCGGCUGCUUAGCCGGGAGAGUCCGGGCCCCCGGGACUGGGCCUGAGGCUGGGCCGGGCGCUGUUCGGUGGUGCGGUGCAACGAAUAAAGAGCCUGGGCCGGA